GUCAAGUACAUCCUGGGCUUCAGUGUGCCGCGCCAGGACCGGCUGCACGACCAGGCGCGCACCUACAUCGAGAACUUCCACAACCUCAAGUGGCAGGAAUUCAUCAUGGGUACUGUCUUCCUGGCGCUGCUGACGGUGUUCAAGGAGGUGGGCAAGCGAAGCAAGCGCUUCCGCUGGCUGCGACCCAUCGGGCCACUCACGGUGUGCAUCCUGGGCCUUAUCGCUGUGUACGCGGGUCACGUUGACGUGCGGGGCAUCAAGGUGGUGGGCGCCAUCAAGAAGGGACUGCCUACACCCACCAUCAGCUGGUGGCUGCCCAUGCCUGAGAUCAACAAGCUCUUCCCCACCGCCAUCGUGGUGAUGCUGGUGGAUCUCCUGGAGUCCACCAGCAUUGCUCGCGCCCUCGCCCGCAAGAACAAGUACGAGCUGGUGGCCAAUCAGGAGAUCGUGG